AUGUACAAGGUCCUGGCGCUCUUCUCCUUGUUCUUCCUUGUGUGCCAGGCAGUACGUCCCGGCACUGCAGCGGGUCAGAACCAGUCUGACACCACGGACUGCAUCUGGGGAAUGGGCAAGUGCUGCACCCCGAAGUGCGAUGGCAAGCACAUUUGGAAGGAUGAUGACGGGGACAAAACGUUGGUUUACUCUGGCUGCAAGAUUGUGGAGGGCGAGUACACGCUUGAAGUGAAGGGCACGCAGCGCAUGGUCAAGUCAAGCAGUGUCCAGACCGUUCUGGCCACAGGCUGGCAGUUGCCUGAAAGCAAGUACGCCUGCAUUGAGACCUGUGACAUCACCUACAAGCAUAAGGCGGACCAGGUCCAAGUGUUUCGCGCAGGUGGCGAUGAAGGAAAACCGCCGGUGUGCGGCUUCUCGCACCUGAAGCGCGAUUACAUCUGGUGA